CCGCCCCCAGGCGGAGCCGGCGCCGGGAGCCGCCGCUGGAGAGCAGGCAGCGGGACCCCAGCGCCGGAGGAGGCGGCCGGGCGGGAGCCCCAGAGGCAGGGCCACAGAAGCCUGCAGGAGGGUGAGCCCAGACCCGUCCAUCAGGUUGGGGUGACCGAGGUCCCAUGACUGAGCUGGUGUGACCCCAGCACCUUCCUCAGGAUGUGGGGCCGGGCAGGGGGCUGGGCCCAGAGCUGGGGCCACUUCCUGCACUGAAGGAAGUCCUCCUGCUGUCCCUGCUGACCUGCCACUGCCCCCUGGGAACCCCUUCGUCCUUCAGGGCAGGAACCGGCCUGCCGGCUGGGCACCAACCACCCGCGCCCGCCAAUGCGGCCCGGCACCCGGAGAGCCAGGUCCCCAGGUCCGAGGCGCGCCCAUGUGGGCCGGCGGCGGCGUGGGGAGCCCUCGGCGGGGCCCGGCCCCUGCGCCCACUGAUGACCUCUUCGCCCGCAAGCUGCGCCAGCCGGCCCGGCCCCCGCUGACGCCGCACACCUUCGAGCCCAGGCCGACCCGGGGCCCGCUCGUGCGCAGCGGCAGCGAUGCAGGCGAGGCUAGGCCCCCGACGCCGGCCAGCCCUCGUGCCCGCGCCCACAGCCACGAGGAGGCCAGCCGCCCCGCCGCGCCCCCGGCCCGAUUCUUCUCCGACCCGCUGGCACUGUUGGGGCUGCCGGCGGAGGAGCCGGAGCCUGAGUUCCCGCCGGUGCCUGAGCCGCGCUGCUUCGCCCACUAUGACGUGCAGAGCCUGCUCUUUGACUGGUCUCCAAGGCCCCGGGGACCAGGGGCGCAGGCGGAGGCCAGCUCUGGGACCCCCGCCGCGGCUCAGGACCAGACUGCUAGCUCGGACUUGCUGCUCGAGGCGCCUGGCUUUGUGAGCGAGCUCGGGGGCGAAGGCGAGCUGGGCCUGGGGGGGCCAGUGUCUCCACCUGUGCCCCCGUCACUGCCCAACGCGGCCGUGUCCGUCUUGGAGGAGCCGCAGAACCGGACCUCCGCCUACAGCUUGGAGCACGCAGACCUGGGCGCCGGCUACUACCGCAAGUACUUCUAUGGCAAAGAACACCAGAACUUCUUUGGCCUGGACGAGGCGCUGGGCCCGGUGGCAGUGAGCCUGCGGCGGGAGGAGAAGGACAGCAGCGGAGGGGGCACUCUGCACAGCUACCGCAUCAUCGUGCGGACCACGCAGCUCCGGACCCUCCGAGGCACCAUCUCAGAGGACGCGCUGCCGCCAGGGCCCCCCCGAGGCCUGUCCCCGAGGAAGCUUCUAGAGCAUGUGGCCCCGCGGCUGAGCCCCACCUGCCUGCGCCUGGGCUCAGCUUCACCCAAGGUGCCUCGCACGCUGCUCACGCUGGACGAGCAAGUGCUGAGCUUCCAGCGCAAGGUGGGCAUCCUGUACUGCCGGGCGGGCCAGGGCUCAGAGGAGGAGAUGUACAACAACCAGGAGGCAGGACCCGCCUUCAUGCAGUUUCUCACCCUGCUGGGCGACGUGGUGCGGCUCAAAGGCUUUGAGAGCUACCGGGCCCAGCUGGACACCAAAACGGAUUCCACAGGCACGCACUCCCUCUACACCACGUACCAGGACCAUGAGAUCAUGUUCCACGUAUCCACGAUGCUGCCGUACACCCCCAAUAACCAGCAGCAGCUCCUGCGGAAGCGCCACAUCGGCAACGACAUUGUGACCAUCGUGUUCCAGGAACCAGGCAGCAAGCCCUUCUGCCCCACCACCAUCCGCUCACACUUCCAGCACAUAUUCCUAGUGGUACGGGCGGAGGCGCCCUGCACUCCGCACACCUCCUACAGGGUGGCCGUGAGCCGCACCCAGGACACGCCGGCCUUCGGGCCAGCUCUGCCGCCUGGCGGAGGUCCCUUCGCGGCCAACGCCGACUUCCGGGCCCUCCUGCUGGCCAAGGCGCUCAAUGGCGAACAGGCGGCGGGCCACGCACGCCAGUUCCACGCCAUGGCCACGCGCACACGGCAGCAGUACCUGCAGGACCUGGCCACCAACGAGGUGACCACCACGUCGCUGGACUCGGCGUCGCGCUUCGGCCUGCCUUCCCUGGGCGGGAGACGGCGGGCAGCCCCCCGGGGCUCAGGCGCUGAGCUGCAGGCGGCAGGCGCGCUGGUGUGGGGCGUGCGCGCGGCGCCUGGGGCGCGGGGCGCGGCCGGAGCCGAGGCAGGCAGUUCCGACGGCGCCGAGGUGCCCUGCCUGCUGGGCAUCUCGGCCGAGGCGCUGGUAUUGGUGGCGCCGCGCGAUGGCCGGGUAGUCUUCAACUGCUCCUGUCGCGACGUGCUGGCCUGGACCUUCUCCGAGCAGCGGCUCGACCUGUACUACGGCCGCGGGGAGGCGAUCACGCUGCGGUUCGACGGGCCCCCUGGCCAAGCCGUUGGCGAGGUCGUGGCGCGCCUGCAGCUGGUGAGUCGGGGCUGCGAGACCCGCGAGCUGGCACUGCCUCGCGACGGCCAAGGCCGCCUGGGCUUCGAGGUGGACGCCGCCGGCUUCAUCACGCACGUGGAGCGCUUCACGUUCGCCGAGACGACGGGGCUGCGGCCUGGGGCGCGCCUGCUGCGCGUGUGCGGCCAGACUCUGCCCAGCCUCUGCCCCGAGGCCGCUGCCCAGCUGCUGCGCUCGGCGCCCAAGGUCUGCGUCACCGUCCUGCCCCCCGACGACAGCGGCCGGCCCCGCAGGAGCUUCUCGGAGCUGUACACACUGUCUCUGCAGGAGCCUAGCCGGCGGGGGGCUGCAGAGCCGGUGCAGGAUGAGGCCCCCGCCGAGGCCCUACUGCCCGACACGAAGCAGCUGCUGCAAGUGUGCCUGAAUGACAGCGGUAGUCCUCCAGGGCCUGGGGACCUGGCGGAGGAGAGGACCGAGUUCCUGCACAGCCAGAACCCGCCGUCACCCAGCAGCUCCCUGUCCGAUGAGGCCCCGGUCCUGCCCAACACCACCCCAGACCUCCUCCUCGCCACCACAGCCAAGCCGGCAGCACCCAGUGAGGGUAGGGAGACACCCCCCACUCAGGACGGGCCAGGCAGCCCCGGUGGCUUUGAGGACAAGGACGAACCGGCCCCAGAGCUGAGGGCCUCCUUUUUGCCACGAACCUUGUCUCUGAGGAACUCUAUCAGCAAAAUCAUGUCUGAGGCGGGCAGCGAGACCCUGGAAGACGAGUGGCAGUCCAUCUCGGAGAUCGCCUCCACUUGCAACACCAUCCUGGAGUCGCUCUCCCGGGAGGGACAGCCCAUCCCCGAGCGCGGAGAUGCCAAGGGAACUCCGAAGUCUGAUGCUGAGCCAGAACCCAGGAGCCUGUCUGAGAAGGUCUCUCACCUGGAGUCCAUGCUCAGGAAGCUGCAGGAUGACCUGCAGAAGGAGAAGGCAGACAGGGCGGCCCUGGAGGAGGAGGUGCGGAGCCUGCGGCACAACAACCGGCGGCUGCAGGCCGAGUCGGAGAGUGCGGCCACCCGCCUGCUCUUGGCCUCCAAGCAGCUGGGCUCCCUGGCCACCGACCUGGCCUGAGCCGUCAGGCAGGCCUCAGCCUGGCUGCCCAUUUGCUGGAACUGCCCGGCUGCUCAGGGCCCCUGGGCCGCACAAACUGGGCCCUCCUCAGGAACUCUCCCUGCGCGAGGCGCGUCUUAGCACUGCCCCACUCCCCGGCCCGUUAUUCGGUGACACAGUUGCCCUCACCCCACCCAUUUGUAAAUAUUCUGUGGAGAAAAGGGGACUUCAGGGAAUAAAGAAGCCACUGCUCUUUGUGUCUA